AUGCCCAUUCCCUAUCCCCUCCUCUACCUCUCCACCUCCUCCGCCGUCCUCAUCGGCCUCUACCUCCUCUUCACCGGCCAAGGCGAGAGCUUCAAUGUCGGCCGCUUCCUCGCAGAGAGCUCUCCGUAUGCUUGGGCUCUUGUAGGCAUCGGACUCUGUAUUGGUCUGAGUGUGUCUGGUGCUGCUUGGGGUAUCUUUGUGACCGGUGCUUCCAUCCUGGGAGGUGGUGUGCGGGCACCGAGGAUCAGAACCAAAAAUUUGAUCUCUAUCAUCUUCUGUGAGGUCGUUGCCAUCUACGGUGUCAUCAUGGCCAUUGUCUUUUCUGCCAAAAUUACUGGCGACGUGCAAGAUAUCUAUACCACGAAUAACUAUUACACUGGGUUUGCCCUCUUCUGGGGAGGCCUCGCUGUUGGUGUAUGCAAUCUGCUGUGUGGUGUGUCUGUCGGUAUCACUGGAUCGACUGCUGCUGUGGCGGACGCAGCCGACCCUCAGUUGUUUGUCAAAAUUCUGAUCGUUGAGAUCUUUGGCUCUGUCCUUGGUCUGUUCGGCCUCAUUGUCGGUCUCCUUGUCUCCGGCAAGGCCGAGGAAUUUGCCUAG